AUGACUAAAUUCGUGCAUUUUCGUGUAUUCUCGAAAAUUUCCGCCAUCAUUUCUGUUGCGAAUAGCGUCUUCAACGAAAGGGGCGACAAGUGCCACGGUCGAACUAUUUACCUGAAUCUGUGUGCGAGUCGAUUAAGUGUGUGGGUCAAAGCGAAGAGGCAAAAAAGAAGUCACCUAAGAAAUCACUGCCGUCACACUGAAGGACACGAUCAUUCAUCUUUCUAUCAGUUCUUGCAAAUGGAGCACAGUCAUAAGAAUACCGACUGUUAUUUUUUCUAUUAUUCAACGUGCACAAAGGGUGAUAAUUGUCCAUUUAGACAUGAACCAUCUGCCUUGGGUUGUGAAACAAUGUGUGUAUAUUGGAAGCAGGGUAAAUGCCUUGAUGAACAUUGUAAUUUUAGGCACAUGGAGUUAAGAAAAAAUCGUAAAUCAAUUCCAUGUUAUUGGGAAACACAACCUGGAGGUUGCAGAAAACCACAUUGUUCAUUUAUGCAUAAAAAUGCUCGUACAAUUACUAGUGAUCCUAUUAAUCCAGUAAAAAAUUUUGACUUAACAUCAAAAACAAUGAAUCAAGAAUGGUCAAAUCGUCAAGAUGACACAAAAUAUGAUGGAAGUAGCACAGAAUCAGAUCAAGGUAGAGGAAGCAGUGAAGCAGGCAGUUUUAUUGGUAGUCCAGCUGUUGAUCCUCUUAUCGUCAAAUUUGAAGAAGAAUCGGACAAUGAAAGUGUACCGUCUCCUGUAAAGCCGCAGCCGAGGGUUCCUUACUGCAAGACGUACGAGGAGAUUCGUCUGGAGGAGAUACAAGCUGAAAGUGCUGCCUACUAUUCUUAUCAGACCGAGGACUACCAAAGCGACAUGGGUGGUGGCAAAAUCAAGACGUGUAGGACCAAACGGAUCUGCCUUUAUCCUUCGGUGAUCAAUAAAGACAAGAAUAACGAGAAGGGAUUGGAUUUCGAGGUUCUCACAUUAGAUGAAAUUCGUCGCCGGAAGACACAUAAAGAUCUUGAGAAAAAUGAGACUAAUAGAAGUAUAGGAGUUAAGAGAACAGAAUCGAAAAGUUUAAUCAAUGAAAAAGAAGAAUUGACGACUACGGAAUUUAUGAAAGAAGCUAUGAAUACGUUAACCGAGACAAUUUCCUCAAGGGGGAUAAAGAGACGAUUAGAAGAGGAUUGCGAGGGGAAAAAAGACAUAUCUAGGCGUAAAGUGAACUGUAACGUUGAUCGUACAACUUUCAUUGUUACUAGUGCGCCACCUGUUAAACUUAACAGAAGAUCUCCAAGAAGGUUUAUCUCGCUCGAUAAUGAUGUCGAAAAUCGAAAAAAUGUGAAUAAAACGGUGAAAACUAGCCAAGAGAAGCGGAUCGAAGAGAAUAAUGUGGAAUCAAUUAGAAAUAGUCCAGAAUCCACGUCCGUGGAAAGAUUGAAUUCUGAGCAAGUGUGUAUGAAUAAUAGAACUAGAAAGAAUGAAGUGGAAAUUAGGUUAUGCGACAGUAGUACGGAUGAAGAUCAAAUGCCGUUAGAGAAGAAUGAAGAGAAGAAAUCGAUCGGCACAUAUACUGUGGAGGAUUCGAAGGAAACGUGUGACAGUUUAUUGAAUAUAAACGAAGAAGAUUAUCUAACACUGGACAUGGCGUCAGAUGAUAUAUUGAAAGACAUCGACGCGUUGCUUAAGGAAAAACCUUCUGUUUGAAAAAG